AUGGAGAUGUCUGGGGGUCCGGCAGGGGAAACGCAGAGGACUGGUACGGUGAAGAGGAAGAUGUGGGGGGGCCUCAGGCAGCAGUGGAAGCUACUGGGCCUGUUUGAGAUCGACCAGCAGCACAAGUUCUACAGCCUCACCUCUAUGAUGAAGGAAGGCCUCUCUGCAGCCGUGCAGAACACCAUCGACAACCCACCACCGGUGAGCACCCACAGGUCAUUUAAUGUGGUCCAAGUAAAUAUGCGUUGCAUUUUACUAAGCAUAUUUGCAUCGUGUUAAAAGUUCACACCUGUUUUUUCAGUAGGAGAUAAAACACUCAAAACAAAUGUAUAACACGAGACUCUCUUCCUUUACACCUCCUUUGUUUGUUUUUGGUUAAUCCCUCUGUGUUUAAUGCCCCAUGGAAAUAACAGGUACUGUACAAACUUGCACAAGGGUAGACCCGGUUCAAACACCUCAUAGAGCAGGAAUGUUCUACAAGGGAUAGGAAGUUUGAACUGAGCAGUAUCUUCAGCUUGUGCAAUCACAUAGUGGUCUAAAGCUAAUUGAAUGGACCAAACAAACAAAAAUGUAUACAUCUAUCAUGUGCCAUUGCCAGCAUUUAAAAUCAUGGGUUGCAAACUGGUUUCAUUUACCGUGGUGGCUGAUGCCUCUCAUUUCCACCUUAAUUUGCAUCACCCAUCGAUUUCCCCAAGAGGGCCAUGAGAAGGUCAAGAAGAGUGGGGCUGAAGCAUGAACAAAAGGAGCUCAUCAGAGAGAGCCAUGUUCCAUCCACCUGGAAUUACUCAAGGCUAAAGGCCCCUGACAGAAUAACAUAGGGUCAUGUUUAUUAGGCACCAAACAGAAGAAAACUGACUGAAACAGGAAGGGACCACCUGAAGUUGUCCAAUAAGAAACACUUGUUUUCGUUUUCUGUUGCAUGCCAUAAUGGCCCAGACUAAGGCUGGAUUCUAACCUCUUUUGUCAUCAUCAUUUGUUUGCCACUGGUUAGCCUACUAGCUACAAUGUCAAACGAUCUCUGCAACAAUUAUUUUGUUUAAGACGUAUGCCACAUUUAGACUUUACAUCUUUGAGGAGUCUUUGGAUUUCAAAUGGAAAACCUGCUCCCUUCUAUCUGCCCUUGAUGACUUGCCCUUGUGGAUCUGAGAAGGUGUUGAGGCGUUACCAUAUUGCUUACUCCUAUCUGGUGCCCUCAGAUCCGUAAAAGUAAUCCGCAUCAAGGGCAGAGGGAAAGGGGGUACGUUUCCAGUUUGUAAUGGAGUAUUUGGCCGAGCUAUGGGAGAUGGCUAUUAGUAGCUUGCUCUUUGUUUACCCUUCUGCCUACAGCGCUAGAUGUUCCCCAAUGUUCCCUAGGCCAUCUGGGGUUGCUGACAAACCCCAUUGUUGUCCCUACAGAACAAAGGCUUCUAUUAGAGCCAAGUGGGACGUAGUGGUUUGGAUUGUGGAUAAUUACAGGAACACUGUUAACUUCAUAUUCCAAGGACAUUUUAUUUUAUUUAGGUGUAUUCAUGAUCUAAUUUGCAGCAACCAUUUGUCCAUUGGCAUUUGGUUACUCUGCCGGAUCCUAUGGUGGUGAAUAAGAGGUCACAAGGGAGUUAUUCACACACACACACACACACACACACACACACACACACACACACACACACACACACACACACACACACACACAGUCCCAUGGAAACGGAGCCUGCUGACUCAGCAGUGUGAUACAUGGUUGUCUCUUACUCACAUAUUCCCUUACACACAUACACACUUCUUGUUGAUCCACCUCUUGUAGCAUGUUAGCCUACUUUGGGCUGGGGUGCCAUGUUUAGAUUUCAUGAAACGUUGAGGUGAGUUCAACAGAAAAGGGAUCUGUAUUUUUUGUUAUUGGUGGACUGUCAUUGCUGUAAAUGGUCAUUGGGGUUUUUCACCCUUAACAGUUUCCCGUGUGUAUCAAGAAUGGUCCACCACCCAAAGGACAUCCAGCCAACUUGACACAACUGUGGGAAGCAUUGGCGUCAACAUAGGCCAGCAUCCCUGUGGAACGCUUUCGACACCUUGUAGAGUCCAUGCCCCGACAAAUUGAGGCUGUUCUGAGGGCAAAAGGGGGUGCAACUCAAUAUUAAGAAGGUGUUCCUAAUGUUUUGUACACUCAGUGUAUUUGAUUCACAGUGAUUUUAAGACCAAAUCCUUCUCAAAAGAUAACUGCAUAGUUAGUAUAUUUUACAGGUAGCCAUUAUUCAUUUUCUUCUUUUAUCAUAGGAUGAAUUGUCGGAAGAUGACUACAGAUUGGAAGUCACUCAAAUACAUAAGGUAUGUUGAUUUUUAAAAUGUAAUACAGUUCCAACGCCAAAGGUACAAAUCGGGAAAUUCAUAUCUCACAAUUUCAGUCUUCAAAAAGAUGUGAACAAGCAAGUUAUUUCCUUAUAGUGACAUGGGGCCUCAUUUAUAAACCAUGCGUACGUACAAAAUAUACCCCAAAAUGCGCGUGCGCCAGUUUUCCCGCAAAAGUUGGCAUUUAUAAAAACUGAACUUGACUCCACGCAAACCUUAGACCAUGCAUACGCACAUCUUCUAUUGGUUGAAGUAUUGUAUUGCAAGUCGGCCUAAGUAUUUUGUUCAAAUGGGGGAUAUGACAUCCUUAUUCAUAGAAACAUAUUCAUAAUAAGAUGCAUCCAUUUGCCGUUAGUGAGAAGAGCGCAAAUCAAGUGUUUUAUUUUUGGAAUCUAAAAUAAUUAGACAUAGGAAUCUAUUUCCUAUUUAUUUUAUUUUCAUAAUCAUUACAGAAUAGAUUCCUCACGUUUUCUGGCCGUGAUGGGUUCAUAUUCCUGAAGUAGCCAUACAACAAAUGACCAUGCGCAUCUCAUUUAAUUGGGCCUAUGUAGAUAUAGGCUAUCUAGGCCUAUUUCCAGUUUUGCUGUAUGUGAUCUCAUAGGCAGCACAGUUAAUCCUACAGAUGAAUGUAACUGGUGAACAUCAAGACAGUUCAUCUUUUACUAUGAAGUACAGUGCAUUCGGAAAGUAUUCAGACCCCUUGACUCUUUCCACAUUUUGUUACGUUACAGCCUUAUUCUAAAAUGGAUUAAAUUGUUUUUUCCCUCUCAUAAAUCUACACACAAUACCCCAUAACGACAAAGCAAAGACAGGUUUUUAGAAAUAUCACAUUUACAUACAGUUGAAGUCGGAAAUGUACAUACACUUAGGUUGGAGUCAUUAAAACUCGUUUUUCAAACACUCCACACAUUUCUUGUUAACAUUUACAUUUACAUUUACAUUUAAGUUGUUAACAAACUAUAGUUUUGUCAAGUCGGUUAGGACAUCUACUUUGUGCAUGACACAAGUAAUUUUUCCAACAAUUGUUUACAGACAGAUUAUUUCACUUAUAAUUCACUGUAUCACAAUUCCAGUGGGUCAGAAAUUUACAUUCACUAAGUUGACUGUGCCUUUAAACAGCUUGGAAAAUUCCAGAAAAUGAUGUCAUGGCUUUAGAAGCUUCUGAUAGGCUAAUUGACAUCACUUGAGUCAAUUGGAGGUGUACCUGUGGAUGUAUUUCAAGGCCUACCUUCAAACUCAGUGGCUCUUUGCUUGACAUCAUGGGAAAAUCUGAAGAAAUCAGCCAAGACCUCAGAAAAAAAAUUGUAGACCUCCACAAGUCUGGUUCAUCCUUGCAAACCAAUCCCAGAACAACAGCAAAGGACCUUGUGAAGAUGCUGGAGGAAACAGGUACAAAAGUAUCUAUAUCCACUGUAAAACGAGUCCUACAGUGGGGAGAACAAGUAUUUGAUACAUUGCCGAUUUUGCAGGUUUUCCUACGUACAAAGCAUGUAGAGGUCUGUAAUUUUUAUAGACGGAAUCUAAAACAAAAAUCCAGAAAAUCACAUUUAUAUGAUUUUAAAGUAAUUAAUUUGCAUUUUAUUGCAUGACAUAAGUAUUUGAUCACCUACCAACCAGUAAGAUUCCGGCUCUCACAGACCUGUUAGUUUUUCUUUAAGAAGCCCUCCUGUUCUCCACACAUUACCUGUAUUAACUGCACCUGUUUGAACUCGUUACCUGUAUAAAAGACACCUGUCCACACACUCAAUCAAACAGACUCCAACCUCUCCACAAUGGCCAAGACCAGAGAGCUGUUUAAGGACAUCAGGGAUAAAAUUGUAGACCGGGCCAAGGCUGGGAUGGGCUACAGGACAAUAGGCAAGCAGCUUGGUAAGAAGGCAACAACUGUUGGCGCAAUUAUUAGAAAAUGGAAGAAGUUCAAGAUGACGGUCAAUCAUCCUCGGUCUGGGGCUCCAUGCAAGAUCUCACCUCGUGGGGCAUCAAUGAUCAUGAGGAAGGUGAGGGAUCAGCCCAGAACUACACGGCAGGACCUGGUCAAUGACCUGAAGAGAGCUGGGACCACAGUCUCAAAGAAAAUCAUUAGUAGCACACUACGGCGUCAUGGAUUAAAAUCCUGCAGCGCACGCAAGGUCCCCCUGCUCAAGCCAGCGCAUGUCCAGGCCCGUCUGAAGUUUGCCCAAUGACCAUCUGGAUGAUCCAGAGGAGGAAUGGGAGAAGGUCAUGUGUCUGAUGAGACAAAAAGAGCUUUUGGUCAAACUCACUCACCGUGUUGGAAGAAGAGGAUAUACACCCCAAACCCAUUGGAUGACCAGAGGAGGAUGAUUUUUAAAAUGUAAUACAGUUCCAACGCCAAAGGUACAAAUCGGGAAAUUCAUAUCUCACAAUUUCAGUCUUCAAAAAGAUGUGAACAAGCAAGUUAUUUCCUUAUAGUGACAUGGGGCCUCAUUUAUAAACCAUGCGUACGUACAAAAUAUACCCCAAAAUGCGCGUGCGCCAGUUUUCCCGCAAAAGUUGGCAUUUAUAAAACUGAACUUGACUCCACGCAAACUUUAGACCAUGCAUACGCACAUCUUCUAUUGGUUGAAGUAUUGUAUUGCAAGUCGGCCUAAGUAUUUUGUUCAAAUGGGGGAUAUGACAUCCUUAUUCAUAGAAACAUAUUCAUAAUAAGAUGCAUCCAUUUGCCGUUAGUGAGAAGAGCGCAAAUCAAGUGUUUUAUUUUUGGAAUCUAAAAUAAUUAGACAUAGGAAUCUAUUUCCUAUUUAUUUUAUUUUCAUAACCAUUACAGAAUAGAUUCCUCACGUUUUCUGGCCGUGAUGGGUUCAUAUUCUUGAAGUAGCCAUACAAUAAAUGACCAUGCGCAUCGCAUUUAAUUGGACCUAUGUAGAUAUAGGCUAUCUAGGCCUAUUUCCAGUUUUGCUGUAUGUGAUCUCAUAGGCAGCACAGUUAAUCCUACAGAUGAAUGUAACUGGUGAACAUCAAGACAGUUCAUCUUUUACUAUGAAGUACAGUGCAUUCGGAAAGUAUUCAGACCCCUUGACUCUUUCCACAUUUUGUUACGUUACAGCCUUAUUCUAAAAUGGAUUAAAUUGUUUUUUCCCUCUCAUAAAUCUACACACAAUACCCCAUAACGACAAAGCAAAGACAGGUUUUUAGAAAUAUCACAUUUACAUACAGUUGAAGUCGGAAAUGUACAUACACUUAGGUUGGAGUCAUUAAAACUCGUUUUUCAAACACUCCACACAUUUCUUGUUAACAUUUACAUUUACAUUUACAUUUAAGUUGUUAACAAACUAUAGUUUUGUCAAGUCGGUUAGGACAUCUACUUUGUGCAUGACACAAGUAAUUUUUCCAACAAUUGUUUACAGACAGAUUAUUUCACUUAUAAUUCACUGUAUCACAAUUCCAGUGGGUCAGAAAUUUACAUUCACUAAGUUGACUGUGCCUUUAAACAGCUUGGAAAAUUCCAGAAAAUGAUGUCAUGGCUUUAGAAGCUUCUGACAGGCUAAUUGACAUCACUUGAGUCAAUUGGAGGUGUACCUGUGGAUGUAUUUCAAGGCCUACCUUCAAACUCAGUGCCUCUUUGCUUGACAUCAUGGGAAAAUCUGAAGAAAUCAGCCAAGACCUCCGAAAAAAAAUUGUAGACCUCCACAAGUCUGGUUCAUCCUUGCAAACCAAUCCCAGAACAACAGCAAAGGACCUUGUGAAGAUGCUGGAGGAAACAGGUACAAAAGUAUCUAUAUCCACAGUAAAAUGAGUCCUAUAUCGACAUAAUCUGAAAGGCCGUUCAGCAAGGAAGAAGCCACUGCUGCAAAACCGCCAUAAAAAAGCCAGACUACGGUUUGCAACUGCACAUGGGGACAAAGAUCGAACUUGUUGGAGAAAUGUCCUCUUGUCAAAGCUAUUUGCUGCUCUGGCACCCCAAUGGUGGAACAAGCUCCCCCACGACGCCAGGACAGCGGAGUCACUGACCACCUUCCGGAGACACUUGAAACCCUACCUCUUUAAGGAAUACCUGGAAUAGUAUAAAGUAAUCCUUCUUUCCCCAUCCCCCAUAAAAAAAUAAAAAAGUGGUUGUCCCACUGGCUAUCAUAAGUUGAAUGCACCAAUUUGUAAGUCGUUCUGGAUAAGAGCGUCUGCUAAAUGAUGUAAAUGUAAAUAUAAAUGAUGAAACAAAAAUUUAACUGUUUUGCCAUAAUGACCAUCGUUAUGUUUGGAGGAAAAAGGGGGCCGCUUGCAAGCCGAAGAACACCAUCCCAACCGUGAAGCACGGGGGUGGCAGCAUCAUGCUGUGGGGGUGCUUUGCUGCAGGAGGGACUGGUGCACUUCACAAAAUAGAUGGCAUCAUGAGGAAGGAAAAUUAUGUGGAUUUAUUGAAGCACCAUCUCAAGACAUCAGCCAGGAAGUUAAAGCUUGGUCGAAAAUGGGUCUUCCAAAUGGACAAUGACCCCAAGCAAACUUCCAAAGUUGUGGCAAAAUGGCUUAAAGACAACAAAGUCAAGGUAUUGGAGUGGCCAUCACAAAGCCCUGACCUCAAUCCUAUAGAAAAUGUGUGGGCAGAACUGAAAAAGCAUGUGCGAGCACGGAGGCCAACAAACCUGACUUAGUUACACCAGCUCUGUCAGGAGGAAUGGGCCAACAUUCACCCAACUUAUUGUGGGAAGCUUGUGGAAGGCUACCCGAAUCGUUUGACCCAAGUUAAACAAUUCAAAGGCAAUGCUACCAAAUACUAAUUGAGUGUAUGUAAACUUCUGACCCACUGGGAAUGUGAUGAAAGAAAUAAAAGCUGAAAUAAAUCAUUCUCUCUACUAUAAUUCUGACAUUUCACAUUCUUAAAAUAAAGUGGUGAUCCUAACUGACCUAAGACAGGGAUUUUUUUACUAGGAUUAAAUGUCAGGAAUUGUGAAAAACUGAGUUUAAAUAUAUUUGGCUAAGGUGUAUGUAAACUUCCGACUUCAACUGUAAGUAUUCAGACCCUUUACUGAAUACUUUGUUGAAGCACCUUUGGCAGCGAUUACAGCCUUGAGUCUUCUUGAGUGUGACGCUACAAGCUUGGCACACCUGUAUUUGUUGAGUUUCUCCCAUUAUUUUCUGCAGAUCCUCUCAAGCUCUGUCAGGUUGGAUGGGGAGCGUCGCUGCACAGCUAUUUGCUAUGUGCUUACUGUUGUUGUCCUGAGCGCUCUGGAGCAGGUUUUCAUCAAGAAUCUCUCUGUACUUUUCUCCGUUCAUCUUUCCCUCGAUCCUGACUAGUCUCCCAGUCCCUGCCGCUGUAAAACAUCCCCACAGCAUGAUGCUGCCACCACCAUGCUUCACCGUAGGGAUGGGGCCAGAUUUCCUCCAGACGGGACACUUGGCAUUCAGGCCAAAGAGUUAAUCUUGGUUUCAUCAGACCAUAGAAUCUUGUUUCUCAUGGUCUGAGUCUUCAGGUUCCUUUUGGCAAACUCCAAGUGGGCUGUCAUGUGCCUUUUACUGAGGAGUGGCUUCCGUCUGGCCACUCUACCAUAAAGGCCUGAUUGGUGGAGUGCUACAGAGAUGGUUGUCCUUCUGGAAGGUCCACAGAGGAUCUCUGGAGCUCUGUCAGAGUGACCAUCAGGUCACCUCCUUCUCCCCCGAUUGCUCAGUUUGGCCAGGCGGCCAGCUCUAGGAAGAGUCUUGGUGGUUCCAAACUUCUUCCAUUUAAGAAUGCUGGAGGCCACUGUGUUCCUGGGGACCUUCAAUACUGCAUACCUUUUUUGGUAGCCUUCCCCAGAUCUGUGCCUCGACACAAUCCUGUCUCGGAGCUCUAUGGACAAUUCCUUCGAUCUCAUGGCUUUUUUUGCUCUGACAUGCACUGUCAACUGUGGGACCUUAUAUAGACAGGUGUGUGCCUUUCCAAAUCAUGUCCAAGCAAUUGAAUUGACCACAGGUGGACUCCAAUUAAGUUGUAGAAACAUCUCAAGGAUGAUCAAUGGAAACAGGAUGCACCUGAGGUAUUUCUGUUUUUUAUUUUUAAUACAUUUGCUAACAUUUCUAAAAACCUGUUUUUCGCUUUGUCAUUAUGGGGUAUUGUAUGUAGAUUGAUGAGGAAAACAGUUAAUUUAAUAUAUUUUAGAGUAAGACUGUAACGUAACAAAAUGUGGAAGAAGUCAAUGGAUCUGAAUACUUUUCGAAGGCACUGUAUGUAUGCUACUACUGUAUGUAGCCUACUGUAAUUUCAAUUUGAUUUGAGUAGCCUAGACAAUGUUUCAGAAUUCAUGGGCAGUCCAGCAUAUUAAGGUUGGGGAGGAAAAGUCAAUGCAAAGCAUUGUUGAAUUUAACUAUUCUGCUGACAGGUCCACAACAAUUUUUCAUUGUUUCCUCUUUCAGAAACUGUCACAUUCCUUUGCCAAAUACAGCAUAAAUUACCGCAAAAAAAUAAAACAUUCUGCCAAUACAGUAAAUUGACCGGUAGCUUAUGUAAAAUAUUUGACGAUAUUCGUUGGCUACAGUACUGCUGUGCGAUAGCAGCGCAACAUCAUAAGCCUAUUUAAUCACAGAGCCUAUACUAAGACAGGACAGACAUAGAAGCACAAUAAUCUAUUGAUAAACAAAAUAUUGAACAACAAUUUUAAUACGGCCAAGAUAUCUUGUGGAGAUCUUCAAGGAUCUAUUGUUGGACCUUUGUUGUUUCUUACCUAAAUUACACAACCUUACUUCCAUUACUGUUUGCUGAUACCAAUAUGAUUUUAACUCAUAAGAACUUUCUCUUUCUCUCCCCCUCUGUCUCUGAAGGACUUUAGAAUGGAGACGUUUGCAGGGCCUGUGUUUGCCAGCUUGCGUCGCUCCCUGGGGAUGACAGAAAAGGAGUAUCAGCACUCUCUCUCCUCUGACGGAUCCUACCUGCAGUUCAUCAGCAACUCCAAAAGCAAGGCCGACUUCUUUCUCACGUGCGUAAGCAUAUUCUACUCUUCUCUUUCUUUCCCUUUGCUAUUAGAGUAUAUCUCUCUCACACAUAUAGUGCAAAUAUAGAAAAGCUACUUUGUUACUCCUAUCUGGCCAAAGUAUAUGCUCAAACACAAUACAAACAGAACACACUAGGCACUUCACACUUUAAGGUCACACACACACAUAUAUAUAUACAUACAUACAUACAUACAUACAUACACACACUACUGUUCAAAGGUUUGGGGUCACUUAGAAAUGUCAUUUUUUUCGAAAGAAAAGCAAUUUUUUUGUCCAUUAAAAUAACAUAAAAUUGAGCAGAAAUACAGUGUAGACAUUGAUAAUGUUGUAAAUGGCUAUUGUAGCUGGAAACGGCUGAUAUUUAAUGGAAUAUCUAUAUAGGUGUACAGAGGCCCAUUAUCAGCAACCAUCAGUCCUGUGUUCCAAUGGCACGUUGUGUUUGCUAAUCCAAGUUUAUCAUUUUAAAAGGCUAAUUGAUCAUUAGAAAACCCUUUUGCAAUUAUGUUAGCACAGCUGAAAACUGUUUAAAGAAGCAAUAAAACUGGCCUUCUUGAGACUAGUUGAGUAUCUGGAGCAUCAGCAAUUGUGGGUUCGAUUACAGGCUCAAAAUGGCCAGAAACAAAUAACUUUCUUCUGAAACUCGUCAGUCUAUUCUUGUUCUGAAAUGAAGGCUAUUCCAUGCGAGAAAUUACCAAGAAACUGAAGAUCUCGUACAAUGCUGUGUACAACUCCCUUCACAGAACAGCGCAAACUGGCUCUAACCAGAAUAGAAAGAGGAGUGGGAGGCCCCGGUGCACAACUGAGCAAGAGGACAAAUACAUUAGAAUGUCUAGUUUGAGAAACAGACGCCUCACAGGUCCUCAACUGGCAGCUUCUUUAAAUAGUACCUGCAAAACACCGGUCUCAACGUCAACAGUGAAGUGGCGACUCUGGGAUGCUGACCUUGUAGGCAGAGUUGCAAAGAAAAAGCCAUAUCUCAGACUGGCCAAUAAAAAUAAAAGAUUAAGAUGGGCAAAAUAACAGACACUGAACAGAGGAAGAAUGGGAAAAUGUGUUAUGGACAGACGAAUCGAAGUUUGAGGUGUUCGGAUCACAAAGAAGAACAUUUGUGAGACGCAGACCAAAUGAAAAGAUGCUGGAGGAGUGCAUGCUGCCAUCUGUCAAGCAUGGUGGAGGCAAUGUGAUGGUCUGGGGGUGCUUUGGUGGUGGUAAAGUGGGAGAUUUGUACAGGGUAAAAGGGAUCUUGAAGAACAAAGGCUAUCACUCCAUUUUGCAAUGUUGACGGCUUCUUGAUUGGAGCCAAUUUCCUCCUACAACAGGACAAUGACCCAAAGCACAGCUCCAAACUAUGCAAUAACUAUUUAGGGAAGAAGCAGUCAGCUGGUAUUCUGUCUAUAAUGGAGUGGCCAGCACAGUCACCGGAUCUCAACCCUGUUGAGCAGCUUGACCGUAUGGUACGUAAGAAGUGCCCAUCAAGCCAAUCCAACUUGGGGAAGGUGCUUCAGGAAGCAUGGGGUGAAAUCUCUCAGAUUACCUCAACAAAUUGACAACUAGAAUAGCAAAGGUCUGCAAGGCUGUAAUUGCUGCAAAUGGAGGAUUCUUUGACGAAAGCAAAGUUUGAAGGACACAAUUAUUAUUUCUAUCAAAAAUCAUUAUUUCUAACCUUGUCAAUGACUACAUUUCCUAUGCAUUUUGCUAUAUUUUCUAUUCAAACUCAUUUCAUGUAUGUUUUCAUGGAAAAGAAGGACAUUUCUUAGUGACCCCAAACUUUUGAACGGUAGUGUGUAUACACACAUAUAAACUCAGCAAAAAAAGAAACGUCCUCUCACUGUCAACUGCAUUUAUUUUCAGCAAACUUAACAUGUGUAAAUGAAUGAACACAACAAGAUUCAACAACUGAGACAUGAACACAACAAGAUUCAACAACUGAGACAUAAACUGAACAAGUUCCACAGACAUGUGACUAACAGAAAUUGAAUAAUGUGUCCCUGAACAAAGGGGGGGUCAAAAUCAAAAGUAACAGUCAGUAUCUGGUGUGUCCACCAGCUGCAUUAAGUACUGCAGUGCAUCUCCUCCUCAUGGACUGCACCAGAUUUGCCGUGAGAUGUUACCCCACUCUUCCACCAAGGCACCUGCAAGUUCCCGGACAUUUCUGGGGGGAAUGGCCCUAGCCCUCACCCUCCGAUCCAACAGAGGGUCAUGUCAGGAUGAGCCUGCAAGAAGGGUACCACAUGAGGGAGGAGGAUGUCUUCCCUGUAAUGCACAGCGUUGAGAUUGCCUGCAAUGACAACAAGCUCAGUCCGAUGAUGCUGUGACACACCGCCCCAGACCAUGACGGACCCUCCACCUCCAAAUCGAUCCCGCUCCAGAGUACAGGCCUCGGUGUAACGCUCAUUCCUUCGACGAUAAACGCGAAUCCGACCAUCACCCCUGGUGAGACAAACCAUGACUCGUCAGUGAAGAGCACUUAUUUAUUUUUAUUAUUAUUAUUAUUAUUUUUAUUUUUUGGGGGGGGGGGGGGGGGGUGGAUCAGCUUAAUAUUGCAGAUAGAUUGUAUCUUCUAUCAAUGUAAUUGUCUGCAUCACUUCCAAUCCCCCAUGUUUUUUAUAUAUAUACUCCCCUUUAUUACUUUUCAACCCCGCCAUCCUUUCCCUACUUGGAGUAAAUUAGUGUACAACAAUGCCCAGGCCUCUACUUCCGGUCUAUACUUCAUAUCUACACCUUAUGGACACAGUUAAUUUUACAAUAAUUCUAUUAUAUAUAUAUAUAUAUAUAUAUAUAUAUAAUUUUUUUUGCUCCUGAACUUCUUCUACUCUCAACCUCUCCGAUCAUUUUCAUGAUGUCCGUCCGGUUUGCUUCUAGAUGCCAUAUCUUUGUCACGAACGUCUUCCAAAUGAGUAGACCAAAGCGCAGCGCGUUGAGCGAACAUGACUUUAUUAAUUCAAAGUCUGGAACAAAACAAUAAAACAAGAACGAUUCGUGAAGUCCUCUGCUAUACUGACAGAACAUGGAACAAAAACCCACAACACCCAAAGGAAAACAUACAGAUAAAUAUGGCUCCCAAUCAGAGAUAACGAGCCGACAGCUGCCACUCGUUACCUCCGAUUGGGAGUCAUUGACCAAACCUAGAAAUGAACGUGACAGAAAUGCAAACAUAGAAAUACACCCAAACCCAACAUAACAAAAUACACCCUGGCUCAAAUACAAAAGUCCCGGAGCCAGAGUGUCACAGUACCCCCCCCUAAAGGUGCGAACUCCGGGCGCACCAGCAUACAGUCUAGGGGAGGGUCUGGGUGGGCGUCUGUCCACGGUGGCGGUUCUGGCCCUGGUCGUGGUCCCCACCCCACCUUAGUCACUAUCCGCUUCCGUAGCCUCCUCCACAUGACCACCCCCCAACUAAACCCCACUGGAUUAAGGGGCGGCACCGGACUAAAGGGCAGCACCGGACUAAGGGGCAGCACCGGACUAAGGGGCAGUACCGGACUAAGGGGCAGCACCAGGAUAAGGGGCAGCACCGGGCUAAGGGACAGCACCGGACUCAAUGGCGGAUCCUGGCUGGCUGGCUCUGGCGGAUCCUGGCUGGACGGCUCUGGCGGAUCCUGGCUGGACGGCUCAUGGCUGGCUGAAGGAUCUGGCUGCUCAUGGCUGGCUGACGGAUCUGGCUGCUCAUGGCUGGCUGACGGAUCUGGCUGCUCAUGGCUGGCCGACGGAUCUGGCUGCUCAUGGCUGGCUGACGGAUCUGGCUGCUCAUGGCUGGCUGACGGAUCUGGCUGCUCAUGGCUGGCUGACGGAUCUGGCUGCUCAUGGCUGGCCGACGGAUCUGGCUGCUCAUGGCUGGCCGACGGAUCUGGCUGCUCAUGGCUGGCCGACGGAUCUGGCUGCUCAUGGCUGGCCGACGGAUCUGGCUGAUCCUGUCUGGCCGAAGGCUCUGGCUGAUCCUGUCUGGCGGAAGGCUCUGGCUGAUCCUGUCUGGCGGAAGGCUCUGGCUGAUCCUGUCUGGCGGAAGGCUCUGGCUGAUCCUGUCUGGCGGAAGGCUCUGGCCGAUCCUGUCUGGCGGAAGGCUCUGGCUGAUCCUGUCUGGCGGAAGGCUCUGGCUGAUCCUGUCUGGCGGAAGGCUUUAGCGGCUCCGGUCUGGCGGACGGCUCUGAAGGCUCAUGGCAGACGGGCGGCUUUGCAGGCUCAGUACAGACGGGCAGUUCAUGCAGCGCUUGGCAGACGGACAGUUCAGACGGCGUUGGGCAGACAGGCAGUUCAGGCGCCGUUGGGCAGACGGGCAGUUCAAGCGCCGUUGGGCAGACGGGCAGUUCAGGCGCCGUUGGGCAGACGGGCAGUUCAGGCGCCGUUGGGCAGACGGCCGACUCUGGCCGGCCGAGACGCACUAUAGGCCUGGUGCGUGGUGCCGGAACUGGUGGUCCCGGGCUGAGGACACGCAUCUCAGGGCUAGUGCGGGGAGCAGCAACAGGACGCACAGGACUCUGGGGACACACAGGAGGCUUGGUGCGUGGUGUAGGCACUGGUGGUACUGGGCUGGAGCGGGGAGGUGGCGCCGGAAAUACCGGACCGUGCAGGCGUACUGGCUCCCUUGAGCACUGAGCCUGCCCAACCUUACCUGGUUGUAUACUCCCCGUCGCCCGACCAGUACGGGAAGGAGGAAUAACCCGCACCGGGCUAUGUGGGCGAACCGGGGACACCAUGCGUAAGGCUGGUGCCAUGUAAGCCGGCCCGAGGAGACGCACUGGUGGCCUGAUGCGUUGGGCCGGCUUCAUGACAUCCGGCUUAAUGCUCAAUCUAGCCCGGCCGAUACGUGGAGCUGGAAUGUACCGAACCGGGCUAUGCACGCGUACAGGAGACACCAUGCGCUCUACUGCGUAACACGGUGUCUGCCCGUACUCUCGCUCUCCACGGUCAGUCCAGGGAGUAGGCGCAGGUCUCCUACCUGACUUCGCCACACUCCCUUUUAGCCCCCCCCCAAGAAAUUUUUGGGUAGUACCCACGGGCUUCCAGCCUCGACUCCGUGCUGCCUCCUCAUACCACCUCCUCUCGGCUUUAGCUGCCUCCAGCUCUUCACGAGGGCGGCGAUAUUCUCCCGGUUGUGCCCAAGGACCCUUUCCAGCCCGUAUCUCCUCCCAUGUCCAUGAAUCCUUUGGAGGCGUCCAUAAAUCCUGUGUAGGUAGAUCCUGUUGCCGCUUGACACGCUGCUUGGUCCUUUUAAGGUGGGUUUUUCUGUCACGAACGUCUUCCAAAUGAGUAGACCAAAGCGCAGCGCGUUGAGCGAACAUGACUUUAUUAAUUCAAAGUCUGGAACAAAACAAUAAAACAAGAACGAUUCGUGAAGUCCUCUGCUAUACUGACAGAACAUGGAACAAAAACCCACAACACCCAAAGGAAAACAUACAGAUAAAUAUGGCUCCCAAUCAGAGAUAACGAGCCGACAGCUGCCACUCGUUACCUCCGAUUGGGAGUCAUUGACCAAACCUAGAAAUGAACGUGACAGAAAUGCAAACAUAGAAAUACACCCAAACCCAACAUAACAAAAUACACCCUGGCUCAAAUACAAAAGUCCCGGAGCCAGAGUGUCACAAUCUUUCUAACUGUGCUCUUUCCCAAAAGCUCCCAACAUACAACCUAUAUACUUAUUAUGGACACAGUAUGCUUACAUAACUCCAUUCAAUGCCUCCCAUCUAUCUCUUAACACCAUCCAUAUAGGAUUUCUAUUUGCCAUAUAUAUUUCAACCGUACUGUGAUGUUUUACAAAAGUUCGAAACCUUUCUAUUCUCAUUGCUUCUCCAGAUUGUGAAUAAAAAAUAAACAUUUUUGCUAAAAGUAUUAUUAUAUUAUUGAUCGAUUGACUAUGACUUUUCAGAUCACCCAGUAAUGCUAUCUGCAAGGUUAGCUCCAGGUAAAUAUUGCAAUCCUUCAGCCAUUCCUGGACCUGUGUCCAAAAACAAGCUACAAAUGGACAGAACCAAAACAAAUGAUCUAAUGAUUCUGUCUCUUCACAGCUAAAUCUGCAGAGCUGGGAAGAUUGUAUCCCCCAUAUAAAUAACAUUCUAUUGGUAGCAAGAAUUUUAUAUAAUAAUUUAAAUUGAAAGAUUCUAAUUUUUGAAUCCGGUGUCAGUUCAUAAACACUAUGCCAUGGGAUCGGUACGUCAAAAAUCUCUUCCCAACUAUUUUGCAAUCUAUAUGGGACGGCUGUCAAUCCUUUGGUCCUUAAGUGAAACUGAUAAACUUUUUUAUUUAUCACAGUUUUCCUUAACCAAUUAUGUUCUUUAAUGCAAGGCCGACAGACAAGUUCCUUACUUUCUCCCCCUUCCACUUUCCUCUUCCACUUUUGCGGUAAGGCUGCAAUUAUUUGGUUGUAAUUUUGGGUAGAGCAGACAUUUCCAUAUGUUUUUGUUAGCUGCAUGUGCGACAUAACUCCACCAGUCCUACCGAUGAUAUCAUUUACGAAGAUUAGUGAAGAGCACUUUUUGCCAGUCCUGUCUGGUCCAGUGACGGUGUGUUUGUGCCCAUAGGCGACGUUGUUGCCGGUGAUGUCUGGUGAGGACCUGCCUUACAACAGGCCUACAAGCCCUCAGUCCAGCCUCUUUCAGCCUAUUGCGGACAAUCUGAGCACUGAUGGAGGGAUUGUACGUUCCUGGUGUAACUCGGGCAGUUGUUGUUGCCAUCCUGUACCUGUCCCGCAGGUGUGAUGUUCGGAUGUACCGAUCCUGUGCAGGUGUUGUUACACGUGGUCUGCCACUGCAAGGACGAUCAGCUGUCUGUCUGUCUCCCUGUAGCGCUGUCUUAGGCGUCUCACAGUACGGACAUUGCAAUUUAUUGCCCUGGCCACAUCUGCAGUCCUCAUGCCUCCUUGCAGCAUGCCUAAGGCACGUUCACGCAGAUGAGCAGGGACCCUGGGCAUCUUUCUUUUGGUGUUUUUCAGAGUCAGUAGAAAGGCCUCUUUAGUGUCCUAAGUCUUCAUAACUAUGACCUUAAUUGCCUACCGUCUGUAAGCUGUUAGUGUCUUAACGACCGUUCCACAGGUGCAUGUUCAUUAAUUGUUUAUGGUUCAUUGAACAAGCAUGGGAAACAGUGUUUAAACCCUUUACAAUGAAGAUCUGUGAAGUUAUUUGGAUUUGUACAAAUUAUCUUUGAAAGACAGGGUCCUGAAAAAGGGACGUUUCUUUUUUUGCUGAGUUUAAAUAUGUGUGUGUUUGUGUGUGUGUGUGUGUUAUAACUCACUACCUGUGCUAAUUCUCUUCCAGGAACGAUAAGCGGUUCUUUCUAAAGACCCAGAACAAGAGAGAGGUGCAAUUCCUCCUGUCCAACCUAAGAAUCUACAUGGAGCACCUAGAGAAGUAUCCUCAUUCACUGCUGGUCAAGUUCUUAGGUAAGACACAGGACUCUGAUCUUAUUGUUCAUUGGCCAGCGGAAAAAUGUGUCCACUUUGGCAGGGGCGUCAUGCACCCCAAAAAGCUAAGGGGGCACUAAGUACGUUAGAAUGGCUGGGGGGAGAAUUUUGCAUUUUUCAAACUCCUGAAACAUAUUUUUCUUGCCAUAAUCUUAAUUCUAUGUAAAAAACAAAACAAAAAAAAGUAUAUUUAUCUAAGCAUACCUCUUGAGCUGUCCGUAUCAUCCUGACUGGUGGUUCUUUUUUAAAAUAAACUAAAUACUGCUAAAAUCUGGGUAAAAGAGCUUAAAGGAAUGUGAGUGUUAUUCAGUACAUUAGUUAUUGCUUGCUUUUCUAAAGUAUACCAAUCUUGCCAGCAGGCAUGCCAGCUAAGAUAGUUAGACAAGCUAGCUACUCUAACUUAAUUGACAGGGUUGGGGAGUAACUGAUUGCAUGUAAUCAGCAUGUUGUAUGUGAGUCUAUGCAAAAGGUUCACAGGCUGAUAAAGGAAUGUUGAGACAAAUUGGAAUGCUCACAUGCUCAUUGAAAAUGACUGUAUCAAACAACAAUGGAACAUUCUAUUGGGUGGAUCUCAUUUAUAACCCAUGGGAUCUGGUUAAUUUUUGCCAUCCGAUCUAAUGAUGGCAAAAUCAUAGGCAGCAGGUAGGCAUCUGUCAAUGUGCCCUUGAGCAAGGCACUUAACCCUAAUUGCUGCUGUAAGUCGCUCUGGAUAAGAGUGUAUGCUACAAAUGAAUAAAAUGUCAAAAUAAAAAAUCCAGGGCUGGGGUCAAUUUGAAAUUGUAGGCAGUCAAUUCAGGAAGUAAACUUAAAUAACAAUUCAACAUUUGAAAAAACAGCAGCUAUUUUCAAUGACUUCUCUAUAAACUGAGGAGCGGCAGGUAGCUUAGUGGUUAAGAGUGUUGUGCCAUUAACCGAAAGGUCGCUGGUUCUAAUCCCCGAGCCGACUAGGUGAAAAAUCUGUCGAUGUGACCUUGAGCAAGGCACUUAACCCUAAUUGCUCCUGUAAGUCGCUCUGGAUAAGAGCGUCUGCUAAAUGACUAAAAUGUAAAAUGAGUCCUUUUUUUUUUUUUUUUUUUUUUUUUAAAUUAAAGUAACUUCCUGAAUUGACUGCCUUAAAUUAGAAUUGACCCCAGCUCUGGUUGAUUCUCUCAUCAUCAGAUGGUUUGUUAGAAUGUUAUGUAGGAAUGCAGUGUAUAUGACAGGAUUCAAGACAUAUAUUUUAUAUUGAACAAUUAUGGCAUGAUUUUGCAUAUCAGUAUAAUCACUACAAACUAGUAAAAUAUCCCUUUAGGAAUAUUAUAGAUACAUUUUGUAUUGUUUGAAAAUAAAAUAUAGAAAUUAGGGAUGCAAAUACUGACCAAAACAGUCAUAUGAAUAGUGUUUUUGGCACAUUUGGGAAAAUGUGUAGCCUAUGGUUAAAUCAGCAAUAGUUAGGAAUCAUUGUUUAGACUUAUUUUCUAACUUUAUGUAAAGUUUGGUGCACUCAUUAUGAAGGCAUUUUGUGAAAAUGGAUUACCUGUACCUCUUUGCUAGAUGUAAUGCAUUCCUGUGGGAUGUCAUAUAGGGUGCAAUGUACGGGGCAGGUUUCACAUCACAUUUCUUGAUGUUAACACAAUUUAUAAAAUCAUAUUUAAUACAAUUUAAAUUAAUAGACAUUCAUUAGAUAGUGAAUGCUUCUAGAACAUUUUCUAAGUGUUUUAAAAUAAUAUAUUUGAAACGGCUACAAAACUCAGCAAUUCUGACAGCUUUUUUGGCAUAGUUUUACCACUUCUGGUAAUAUUUUGCUAAAUACAUGUACAGUGAGCUCCAAAAGUAUUGGGACAGUGACGCAUCUUUGGAUGUUUUGGUUCUGUACUCCAGCACUUUGGAUUUGAAAUGAUACAAUGACUAUGAGAUUAAAGUUCACACUGUUAGCUUUAAUUUGAGGGUAUUUUCAUCCAUAUAAGGUGAACCGUUUAGAAAUUACAGCACUUUUUGUACAUAGUCCCCCCAUUUUAGGGGACCAAAAGUAUUGGGACAAAUUCACUUGUGUGUAUUAAAGUAGUCAAAAGUUUAGUGUUUGGUCCCAUAUUCCUAUCACACAAUGAUAAAAUCAAGCGUGUGUGACUACAAACUUGUUGAAUGCAUUUGCUGUUUGUUUUGGUUGUGUUUCAGAUUAUUUUGUGCUCAAUAUAAAUGACUGGUAAAUAGUGUAUUGUGUCAUUUUGAAGUCACUUUUAUUGUAAAUAAGAAUAGACUAUGUUUCUAAACACUUCUACAUUAAUGAAAAUCAUCAUUAGUCUUUGCCACCCCAAAGUGGACAAAUGUGUGAAAUUUAGCCUGCUGGCACAUCAACUAUUAUGGAAAAUGUUUGUAGUUCUCUUACCAUACUGUAGCUUUGCAUUUGAUUGACUGAAGUUUACAUUUUUUUGUGUUCAAGGCGUCCACAGGAUCAAAAUUCCGCAUAGGAGGAAGGUACUGACUGAUUAUAGAUUGUUAUUCACAGCCAUAUUGUUUAUUAUUAUCAUUGUUUAUUAGCUACAACUUAGUUUGUUCAUGCCUUGUCUUACCUUUUUCACAGAAGUACUUCAUUGUAAUGCAGAGUGUUUUUUACCCUGACGAUCGAAUCAAUGCCAGGUAAGCCUGUUUCAGAGUAAAACAAAAAAGUCUGGAGUGGGAAAUGUAUUACAGGCUCUGUGGUAGCAACACUGUUAUACUGACUUAGUUGCCUGUUGUUGCAGGUAUGACAUCAAGGGUUGUGAGGUGAGCCGAUGGACAGACCCCGCCCCAGAGGGAAGUCAGGUUAUCGUUGUCCUCAAGGACUUGAACUUCGAGGGCCAGUACAUCACUCUGGGUAAGGGUAACGAAUCCUGUCAUAGUAUGUUACAGCAUGAGAUAUGUUAUUCAUGUGUACCAGAGGACUGAUUGCAACGAAAUGAAAGACCUUACAGUUAUGUUUUAGUAAUUGAGGUAGGCCAAUUUGGUCACGCUUAUACCAGAGUAACAUCCAUUGUAAUAACCCAUGUAAUAACCAGUUUUUUAUCAUGUAAAUCUUGGUGGGGCAAACCCACAUUUUUUGGGGGGAUGAAUGCCAGCAAAGCCACAACACAACACUAAACAAUACAUUAAUUGCACUAUAACGGUGACAAAUGGUGCCCACAAACUGUUAGGGCCUACAUAAAGCUGUCCCAACAGCAGAGUCCCAACAGCAGUCCCAACAUCUUACCACUGCUACACCUGGCUAUCAGCGGAGCCUUGUCUGGCAGCGAAACAGUUCAUUCAGCCUCAUUUACUGCCUUUUAAAAAACAUAGCAGAUAUGGCUGACUUGCUUAAACAAAUGUGGUUUCUACUGACAAACUAUGGCAUAAGGGGACGACGAGCGGAUAAGAGGCAAUCUGUAAUUUCGAUUAAGACGAUAAUGAGCGAGCUAGGACGGACGUAGUCAAUAUAACUAUUUGUUCAGCACUUUUGAAAUGUACAGCGGCAGAAUUCAGAACAUGGGCCGUUCUUACAGUAUUCUCCCUGUACACCAAGUCAGAACCGUAGGAUAAAUAAAGGGGGCAUAUAGGCAGACAAUGAAAGCUCUUACAAUAUUCAAUGAUUACAUUUCUCUAUAGGCUACAUGUGCACCACCAAGUCAGAACAGUAGGCUAAAUUAUGAGGGGAAAAGGGACCAGAUUAUUAGGGUGAGGCACAUGGGCUACUCACAGUUUACUACACAACAUACACUUAGUAUUACUUUCUUAGCUACAGUAUACAUAUCUCCCUGGCAUAUUACAUCAUUUAUGCAGCAGCAUACAAUACAUUUUUGGACUCACCUUGUUGUGCUGUGCGCACUUGAACAGGAAGGUGGCACGGCGGUCCUUCGUGGGAAAAUUUUGUCAUCAAAGUGUGGCAUUCUCUGGAUUUAUGGCGCUUGCAAGACAACUGGGAACUCUGAAAAAAACAAGCUUGAAUCAUGACGGCGUCAGUGAUCUUCAGGUCGUAGCUCUAGAAAGAGGCCCGAGUUCCCGAUUUACAAUUCCGAGUUGGAUGACUGUUCAAAAUUAUUUUCCCAGUCAGAGCUAGUUUUUUCCCGAGUUCCCAGUUGUCUUGAACUCACUGAAGUCAGAUUUCCCAGUUCCAAGUUUCCAGUUGUUUUGAGCGUGGCAGAAGUUAUGCUGGAUUGACAGCAUGGCCAAUGUUGAAUGUUUGUCCUUGGAAAAGAGACCCUUAAACCCAGACCUGGGACCACACAGCCACUCCACUGAAUAGUAGGCUAGUGAUUGCUUUGCAAUGCUUGCAGUUAACCGCUGAUUCCUUCCAAACCUCUCAUUGUUGAAUUUGCGAUUUCCAACUUGUUGUGUAAUGUUUAUGUCCAAUGGCCGAUGAGCACCGAUACGUUUUAUCUAUAAUUUCUCUUCAUUAUUUCUCUUCAUAUAACAAGGAUUAAAAAGGAUUUGCCAGUAGAUCGUCGACUUGAUUCAUGAUGAUGACUGCUAGCUAAGAUUUCGAAAGUAUGAUGUUGACAUGAUCAGUCCAAUCAAAGCUACGUGUUUGACAUCAUUUUAGCUGUGGCCAAUGACCUUGAGCCUUCUUGGAUGGGCACUUCUAAUGUAACCCAAUGGCAGCACCCAAGGGGCUUGAAUGUUCGAGCUCUACCCUUAGAUUUGGCGGUGACGUAGUGUCCUAAUGAGUGACAGAACACUGAGCCAAUCACGGCGCAACUAGAGAACAUUACCCUACGCUCUGUAUUUUCCACUGGCUGCCCCACCACCACAGAAAGCACUGAGCUAGGCUGAAACACCUGCAUUUUGGAGCUGCCUUACUCAAGAAAGCAAAAAAGAGACCAUGUUUGUAUGUGGCUUUAUUAACUCUGCCCCAGCUGCUUUGAAUGACGGGUCACCACUGGUAAUAACACUGUAACAGAGUAGUAAGUGGUACAUACAUUCAUAGAGUCCUAACCACUUUUGCAAUAUAUGUGCUUGUUUUGAUAGACCAGCAUCGUCCAUGGCUGCUCCGGCAGGUGGAGAUUGACACGUCGUUCCUGCAGAGACUCAAUGUGCUGGACUACAGCCUCCUGGUGGCCCAUCAGCCCCUGCACCAGGAUGAACGGCACCAGUGCCUGUCCUUCGCCACCCUUAUCAUGCGCACAAAAAAGUGGGUGGGAUUUUAUUUUUUACAUUUUUUAUCCCGUUUUUCUUGAUGUUUAAGUUUCUUUCUUUAUGUUUUAGUGACAUAUUCAGGCCUCAAAAGUGGUGUAAUGUCGAGAUCAAUCUUUUCCCCAGGUCCUGGUCUUUCUUCAGAACAAAACCAAUGACUUCCAGGCAUGUAGUUACCACAAAUAUACUGCUUGGCUAUACAAUAACAUGCAUAACCACCACAAGAGCAACUAUCUAGUAUUUGUCUACUCUAAAAUCAGUCAACUUUGGUAUUUUUUAGGUUGGCCAUGCUGCCUCACUCUUGGCACUUACCCUCCCCUCUUUAACCGCUCAGGUAGACAUGCUGGCUCUAAUAACUCUGUUACCCUUCAUAGAGAUGGAUAGAGGCUUUACUUGCCACAAAGCCUGUUUUAACAUGGGCAGCGCCAUUAAGUGGAAGAAAAUGGAACUGCCUAUUUUUAAUAGAGAUAGCAUGGGCAGUGCCAUUGAGGGAUAUCACAGAAGUGUUCAUGGCAAAGAUAUUUAUAUCUCUGUUACCCUCUCCUCUUUAACCUUUCAGGUGGCCAUGUUGGCUCUAAUAACUCUGGUUACCCCCCUCUCCGCUUUAACCUCUCAGGUCAGUGAUCACUUGCUCAAGCCCCACCCAUGUGGGCAUGCCCACUGUUCCGGGGGCGGUCCCAGAGGAAGACUCCGCCCUGUUGGUGUCAGAGAUGGACGGCAGGACAGGAAGUUGCAGCGUUGCUGAGUCAGGGGGAGGAAGUAACCUGGGCAGUGCCCCUUCCGGGAGACCCUGUACUGAGCAGCCGGUGGGAACAGUCACGAAUUCGAUGGAACUGCGGGACUUCCAGGCCCAGAACCGCCGGCUGCUGCCCAACUUCAGAAACCCGCUGCACGUCAUUGAUGGACCGGAGCAUCGCUACUUUGUGGGCAUCAUCGACAUCUUCACUGUCUACAGCUUCAAGAAGAGGCUGGAGCAUUGGUGGAAGAGACUGCGGCACCCAGGGCAGGCCUUCUCCACCGUCAGCCCCCCCGCUUACUGCCUUAGGCUCUGCCAGUGGGUACAGGACCACACCAGGUAGACUCAGAAAGAGGGGAGGAUGGUUACUCCCACUAGCACGCUGUCUGCCCAGGGACACACAUGCACGCAUAUAUACACACACACACACACACACACAGGCUAGCAACUGGGACGCUGACCAGAGACACAAAGCUAUUCUUUUAAAGCGCUGUAAUUUCAGAUUGACCAAGGGGCAGUUAUUUUCAUGUUUCCACAUGUCCACACCAAAGCCAAAACUAACAUAAACCAUUAUAUGAAAAUAUAAUAUUCACCACCGCGGAUAAAUGGGUUCUCCCUCUUUUCUUACAUUUUUGUUAAGUAAACAAAGAAAAAGGUGCAACAUUUAAAAUCAAGUGCUAUGAAUUGAUUAGCUGAUUAUCCAAAGUAAUCGUUUUUGAAUUGUUGAAGUUUAGUUAGUGAAUCAAUGAUGAAAACCAAAAUGAUAUUAUAAAUUUGCCACCUGUUUUUAUUUUCUUAAAAAAUAAAUAAUAAUUAGACUCCUAUCGAUUUCUCCCCCCAAUUUAACUUUGACGUUUUGAUACCUGUACAAUAUUGUUGUAUUUUUUUUAAAGCUGUGUGUUCACUGUUCAACUGACUGUGGGGCCCGAUUUAGACGCCUUUCCUACGCACUUCUCAGUAGUUGGUAUUCAGACUUACCUUAUGCAGGUGCGUAACGGGCUUUGCAGACGUGGUUCACUUGCGCGCGCUGAAUACAUUUCAUUCAACCGUUGAAAACCCUAUCAUUUACUGGCCAACAGAUUUUCUUGUGGAGUUUUCAUCCAAUACAUUUGUCGACAGACUCACUAGAAUGGGUUCAGAAUAUAGAGAUCAAUGAAAGAAAGCCACCUAAAUAUAUGCAUAUUCGUCUCCGUUUCAGGACCGACUGGUCGAUUUAAAAAUACUUAUUAAGGCACAUUUUUGGGUUAGGAAAGUAUGUAUGAAUCAUUAAUAUAAAUACAGGGUUUGAAGAGCCUUUACACACAAAAUACAGUACAUUCGGAAAGUAUUCAGACCCCUUGACUUUUUCCACAUUUCGUUACAUUACAGCCUUAUUCUAAAAUUGAUUAAAUAAAUGUUUUCCCUCAUCAAUCUACACACAAUACCCCAUAAUGACAAAGCAAAAACAGGUUUUUAGAACUUUUUGCAAAUGUAUAAAAAAAUAUAUAUAUAUAUAUAUCACAUUUGUAUUCGGACCCUUUACUCAGUACUUUGUUGAAGCACCUUUGGCAGCGAUUAAAGCCUUGCCUCUUCUUGGGUAUGAUGCUACAAGCUUGGCACACCUGCAUUUGGGGAGUUUCACCCAUUCUUCUCUGCAGAUCCUCUCAAGUUCUGUCAGGUUGGAUGAGGAGUGUUGCUGCAAAGCUAUUUUCAGGUCUCUCCAGAGAUGUUCGAUCGGAUUCAAGUCCGGGCUCUGGCUGGGCCACUCAAGGACAUUCAGAGACUUGUCCCGAAGCCACUCCUGCGUUGUCUUGGCUGUGUGCUUAGGGUCAUUGUCCUGUUGGAAGGUGAACCUUCACCCCAGUCUGAGGUCCUGAGCGCUCUGGAGCAGGUUUUCAUCAAGGAUCUCUCUCUACUUUGCUCCAUUAAUCUUUCCCUCGAUCCUGACUAGUCUCCCAGUCCCUGCCGCUGAAAAACAUCCCCACAGCAUGAUGCUGCCACCAUCAUGCUUCACUGUAGGGAUGGUGCCAGGUUUCCUCCAGAUGUGACGCAUGGCAUUCAGGCCAAAGAAUUCAAUCUUGGUUUCAUCAGACCAGUGAAUCUUGAUUCUCAUGGUCUGAGAGUCCUUUAGGUGCCGUUUGGCAAACUCCAAGCCGUCAUGUGCCUUUUAGUGAGGAGUGGCUUCUGUCUGGCCACUCUACCAUAAAGGCCUGAUUGGUGGAGUGCUGCAGAGAAGGUUCUCCCAUCUCCACAGAGGAACUCUGGAGCUCUGUCCGAGUGACCAUUUGGGUUCUUGGUCACCUCAGUUUGGCUGGGCGGCCAGAUCUAGGAUGAGUCUUGGUGGUUACAAACUUCUUCCAUUUAAGAAUGAUGGAGGCCACUGUGUUCUUGGGGACCUUCAAUGCUGCAGAAAUAUUUUGGUACCCUUCCCCAGAUCAGUGCCUCGACACAAUCCUGUCUCAGAGCUCUAUGGACAAUUCUUUCGACCUCAUGGCUUGGUUUUUGCUCUGACAUGCACUGUCUACUGUGGGACCUUAUAUAGACAGGUGUGUGUGUCUUUCCAAAUCAUGUCCAAUCAAUUGAAUUUACCACGGGUGGACUCCAAUCAAGUUGUAGAAACAUCUCAAGGAUGAUCAAUGGAAACAUGAUGCACCUGAGCUAAAUUUUGAGUCUCAUAGCAAAGGGUCUGAGCCUUAUGUAAAUAUUUAUGUUUUUUAUUUGUAAUACAUUUGCAAAUAUUUCUAAAAACCUGUUUUCGCUUUGUCAUUAUGGGGUAUUGUGUGUAGAUUGAUGAGGGAAAACAUUUAUUUAAUCAAUUUUAGAAUAAGGCUGUAACGUAACAAAAUGUGGAAAAAAUCAAGGGGUCUGAAUUCUUUCCGAAUGCACUGUAAUCAAGGGGUCUGAAUUCUUUCCGAAUGCACUGUAAUCAAGGGGUCUGAAUUCUUUCCGAAUGCACUGUAAUCAAGGGGUCUGAAUUCUUUCCGAAUGCACUGUAUAUUGAUAAAUCUAAAAUACAGUGGUUUGAUUCAUCCCGAAAGUUGUCAUAUUCAAGUUCAAUCCAUGACAUAUUGGAAGGUGGAAAAAAAGUGUACAAUAGGGGUUGAACAAUAGUCCUAUAAAUGUACCCUAUCAUCACUAAUCAUGGAACUGUAUGACAACGGUCCAGUCGUCGUAAACCGUGCACCAGGCUCCAGGUUUAACCUGCUACGUGUGGUCUGAGUUCCAUAAUGAUUCAAAUGUCCCACAUUUUUGCACAGCGUUAGCCUAAUAUGAUCCACUAAUGUUAGCGACCCCCAGGAACAACUACACGGACAUGACAGAGGAAAGAAAGGUAAACGGACUGGAAUGAUACAAAAUGUAGGAAAUUAACACUAAAGUGACAGUUAGAAAUGUAUGUGGGUAUUACGGAUGGGCAUAUUAUUAAAACAUUCUAGAAAUCAUAAAUCAACUCGGUAGGUUUGGUGCUAUACUGUCAUUUGCGCAUGGCUACAAAAGCCUAUGCUAAAGCUUGAGUCUCUAUAUUUAAUCACUACAAAUUAUAAGGCCAGCAUUUCAUAACUUCACUGUGGGAAAGUUGAUAUGUUGAUAUGCUUCAGUUUGCUGCCAUGACUGGUUUCACAUCUGUCUCCAGCGAUCAUAAGAUAAAAUAGAUCUAAAACAAUUGUCAUUUAUAUUUACAAUCCCCUUAUCCAAAUGGUUUACUCAUUUACCUACCUCUUACCAAUAGCUCUUAUCAAUUUCAAAAUUACAGUGUAUGGAGAAUGCUGUUUUUUCAUUAGGCAAAAGUAGAUGCUUUUUCCACUUGGAACCAGCAGGUUUGCUCGACCUUAUUCAUGGUUUCCUCCUGCAUAAAUGUGGUGGAAUUAUGAGUUGAAUUAAGUCAAGGUCAGUAGAUGACGCAUCUGUAGCCACACCUUCAUUCCUUAGAUCUGCACCCUGAACGAAUAGUGGGUGAAUAGCAUGCUAUUCGCAUGCUUAAAGGGAUACUUCUACUUCCCCAGAGUCAGAUGAACUCGUGGAUACCAUUGUAAUGUCUCUGUGUCUAGUAUGAAGGAAGUUAGAGGUAAUUACGUGAGCCAAUGCUAACUUGUUUUAGUGCAAUGACUAGAAGUACAGUAUAUGGGUAUCUACUAGCAUGCUAGCAGAUAUCCAUAGACUUCCAGUCAUUGCGCUAACGCUAGUUAGCAAUUGCACUAGCGCUAGUUAGCAACUUCCUUCAAACUGCACGCAUUGCCAAAAUACCGAAGUAUCCCUUUUAAGUUCAAUGUCAGAAUACAUAUAGAGAGAAAAGUGCAUAAAAAGGGAAUUUUGUUCCAUUUACGCGCGCUUAACUUGGGUCAGAAUUCUGCCCCCAAGUGAAUAUACUCUCCUGAUACCACUGUGCAUGACUGUGGUCCUGCAGUAUAUUGUUUAUUUAUUUAUUUAUUCUUUGUGCAGUUAUGGCAAGGUCAGCAUAAAGGGGUAAUGUUUAAAAAUGCUGACAAACAGCUGUCAUUUUAUGAGACUGCCUAG